AUGGGCAACGAGACCAGCACCUCGGGAAGCCAGCAAGAGAACUCCAGCUUGCCUGACGUCGUCCUGUGGCCUCCGAAGCCUGAGCCUGUGCAGAAAACUUCACCAGCUCAGAGUCCGGGGUCUGUGCAACCAACUGGGAGCAGUCAGAACGUGAAAGGGGACCUGGAGAAGUCUGGAAGUGCCAGGCAUGGAGACUUGCACAGCGCCGGGCACCGAGGCUCCUGCUCCGCUUCUGAGGGUACCGCCAGCCUGGACCCGUGCAUCGUGUCCCGGGAGGUGACCGAGCCAAGCAAAAGCCCCCAGGAGGCCAGCGGCCUGGAAGGUUCUCUGCCAGCCUGCCCACAAGUGCCCUGGGAGCAGGAGUGCCCUUCCGCCUCCAUGCCCUUUGCUAAGGGCCCUCUGGACUCUUGCUUGGCGAGCCCAGUAGCAGAACCUGAAGACUGGCCCCUCAUUCAACACCCCAGGCGGGAACUGUCCCCAGAUGCCUGUGGGGAGGCCCCAACAGCAUCUGUCCCUGAGGGGGGCAGUUCUACUCAGUGCAGCGUGGGUGCUGUUGUCCCCAGUGCCGGGCACACGUUGUCUUCCUCUAGCCGCACUGACCGGUCCCUGGGGGUUUCACCAGCACCUCGUCAAGAGCUGAUGAAGGGACAGCCUGGAGAAGAUAGCCACCCUGGUGAUUUCAAGUCCCAAGGGAAUGAGGCUGCAGGUGGCCAGCCCCUGGCAGAGGCCAGGCAGGGGGCGGCCUCUGUGCCACAGGCCCUGGAAGCCUCUGCUGCCGCUCAGCCAGGCAAGGCAAGCUCCCCUGGUCCGGAGGAGUCCCCCACAAAGCCUGAGACCCUGACUCUACCAGAGCCAGCCCCCAGAGCCUUGGACAGGGACAAAUGCCAAGGGGAGGUGCCACCUCGGGCUUUUGCUGAUGGCUCAGGAUUGCCUGGGGCCUGCCAUCUCAUGAGGAGCCCUGCAGGGGCUGCCCAGGAAGAUGACACAAAUUCCUGGGAAAGCUGCCAGCAGCAAAUGGGAGCACUUCUGGCACAUGUCGAGCCGCCCUGUAAUUCACCGAGCUGCACUCCGGUGCCUGGGGCCAGGGGCUCUGGGAAGGAGACCGGGGGGGCCUGCGAUGCUCGGGGUCACUUGCAGGCAGGGGGGCCAGGAGGUGAGCCCGGUGCAGCCAGCCCUGCAGCAGCAGACAGCCCGCCCCGAGGGGCUUUGCUCACGCACACAGAGCCUUCCCCACCUGCACCGACGGAGGACAAACGUCCCGCUUCGGGCUCCGCUCCAUCACCAGCUGCUCAGGCCUCUGCCGCUGCAGAAGAAUCCAGCUGGUUGACCGGGGAGAUGGUUUCCGGGGCAGAGAUGCCAGUUCUUACAGAUCUGGCCAAAGAGUUAGCAGAUGCAGGGUUGGCAGGACGGGAAAAGCUCGAAUCUGAUCUCGGAAGUGAGGGAGAGGGUCUAGGAGGGAACUGUGGAGAGGGCGCUGCCCCUUUGCUCCAGGAGGACAGUGGAGAGGUCUCAGUGAGGGACCAGGAGGUCCAACAAGGGGUACUGCCCCCUGGCCCAACCAGUGUAUCAGAUGAAAAGGCCAGAAGCACACUAGGGUCAAAGCAUGAAGCCAUGGCCCCUGAAAGCCCAGCUGUGGCUGAGGAGGAGAGCAGACUACCCGGGGCCAACUCUAGGGGACAGGAAGAAGUCCCAGAGCCACUUGAUGGUAGAGAUCCUGAGAAGCCGUGGGAGGAGCAACCCGGGGCCUUGGGCUGCAAGCCCAGCGCAGAGGUGGAAAAAGACGAGGUUUCAAAGCUAAACCCUGAUGUGGACAGCAGCGUGCAUCCCAGCACAGAUUCAGCACAGCCACCCAGGAGGGAGGGUCCCAGGCACGCCAACAGGCCUGGCUCUCCACCCGAAGAUGCAGUGUGGAGCUCAGUGACCUGUGGGAUGGUGGGAGAAGCCCAUGUUGUCCAGGCCUCUGGCUCACUGCCCAAGCGCCCGGAGAAGGAGCUCGCCCUGGCCCCCGGGCCGGAUGGAACUGGUGAACACAUUCUUCCCAAAGAAGCUCUCUGGGAGGUGCUGGGAUUGCAGACCCAGUGUCCCGACCCCCUUCGGGAUGUGGGGGGAUUGGAAAGAAUGGACGCUCUUCCUGCUUUAGAAUCGGAGAAAUCAGACUUCCUGUCAACUUCUGCGGCAGAAGUCAUCCCCAAAGCCCAGGAGGCGGAGAGCCCAUCUGACACAAAGAUGAUGAGGAGCUGCCCGUCGGCGCGGAGGCCCAGCAGCUGUGCCGGGGAGUGUUUGCUGACACCCUCGGGCCAACCUUGUGGGCUGGGGCAUGAGGCAGCUGGUCAGGAAGUCCAUGCUGAUGGGCCACAUCCCCUCGAGGGGGAGAAUUUGGCAGUGGAUGGUGGGCUUACAAUGCUCAGCCAGGAACGAGAUCAGCAGGGAAACCUGUCCUGCGACAGCUGGCCACGAGUAGCUGCUUCUGAGGGGCCCCCAGUAUCUUCUGAGAACCGUCUCCAGCCAUUGCAAUCAGAACCAGAAGCAUCCGUGUCUGACAUGCUCAGGGAGAAGCCCCAGCAGUGUGAAACUGAGAAAGAGACUUGUGCAGGCAGUCGAGGCUUUAAGAACCUGGACACAGAUGCUUCUCCAACCCUCCUCCCUAUGGGACCUCUGGAGGACGUGUGCUUGCCCACCCAUGGCAGAGAGGAACAAGUUUCCAGAUUGGAACUUCAAGGGGAGCUCCCCAAAGGCGGUCUGGCUACUGCUCCCGGUUUGGCUCCCGGGGGCGUGGUUCCGGGGAGUCCGGCGACAGAAGCACCAGAGCUGUCAGCAACAGUAGGACCGGCGUCAUCGGAGCCAGGGCAGGCUGAGCGGGAGGGAGCGUGCCGUGGCGGCCUGCCUUCCGGAGUCUCACCACCUGCAGCAGAUGCCUCCAAGGACUCUCCUCUCGCAGGUCACCUGAGCAGAGAGGAGAGUCGCUGUGCGCAGCAGGGGCCCAGCAAGCCCCAGCAGGAACAGGCAGGUGUGUUGCAAGCCGACGGCCGGCAUGAAGAAGCAUGUCUCAGGGAUGCAGAACUUUCUCAAGCCGCUGACGCUCAGCCCCCGCUCCAGGGGUUGGGUAAGACAGAGAAGGCAAGUGGGAACACAGAGGUGACCCCACCUUGUGAGCCUGACUCAGUCGCCCUCCUAGAUGCAGCUCAGGGCCCGCCAGCCCCGGUGCCCGCCAGCCUUAGAGUCACACCCAGCCAGGAUGCCCCAGACACAGAGGCGUGUGGGGAAACGCAGGGAGGCGGGCAGCAACCCGUGCCGGCCCUGCAGAAGGAAAUGGAGCUCCCCACCGCCUCCGAUGCGGAGGCCCCAAUGCUCCUUGGAAGUUUCCCAGCGGCCAAGGAUCAAGGUGCGGACCGUGGGGCUGCCGAGACUGGUGGGAAUGCUGAGGGAGGGGACCUGGGGGUGCGGCGGGCUCUGGAGGGGCCCACGGAAGCUGCUCUGAGUGGCGGCUCCCUUCACACUGAGCAGCGCGCCUCCCCUGGGAAGGAAGAUUCUACCUUUGCCCUGUGUGAGCCAAGCCGAGCAGAGCAGCUCUCGGCCAGCUGCCAGGAUGCCUCGCUGCCAGCCGGAGAACGGGGGGGGAUUCCCGGGAGCGAGGUGGAUAUUUCUGUCCCCAACCCAAAGAGACCCCUGCCCCCUGGGCCACCAGAAGAGGCUGCUCCAGACACUCCUUACCUGCACAUCGAUGGUGCUGCCGGGAAAGGGGCAGGCCCCCGUCCCGCAGAAGAGCCCCUGCCGACCUUGGGACAGGUCACCUCCAUGGAGCUUUCUGCCGACAUGCUUGCCCCUCCCUCACGACCAGGAGCGGCCAGUGCGGAGGUUUCUGUGGUGCAAGUGAGCAGUGGAAGCCCCAAAGCUGGAAACGCUGAGGGACCCACGGGCUCCAUCCGCUACCUGGACAGGGCGCCCCUUCCGACGGAGAGUAAGCAGAUGACAGGGGAGGAGGAGGAGGCAAGAGCCCCAGGGGCAGUCACCCAGCCUGGCGGGAUGCCAGCACACCCCACCAGCAAGGAGAGCUUGGCCGGUGAGGCAGCAAGGGAGCCAGAGGGCAGUGGGGAGCGGAUGGUAGACCCUCCCGAGGACCCGCGGAGAGGUGCGUCAGGCGGUGUGGACGCAGGCUCCAAGCAGAUCGGCAAGAUCACGGGGCUCCCUGACUUCAGGGAGCACAUCACGAAGAUCUUUGAGAAGUCUGUGCUCAGAGCGCUGACCACCGAUCGGCCCCAGAGCGCAGCGGGAGAAAAGGCAGGAGCCGAGGGGAGCCUGAAGGGUGAGGACCUCACCGGGCCACGCCCAGAGAAGACUCCAGAUGGGGCUCAAGGAGUGGCCAUUGCCCCUCUCCUCGCCGUUCCUUCUGGACUCGGGGUGGACGCAAAGGAAAAGAAGCAAGAGUUGCCUACAGAGGCUAAGCUCCCCUGUCUGGUUCCCCAGGAUCCUGCUCCGGAAAGGCCGCUGGGCUCGGCAGUGUCAGCCUCGGAGCCGAGCCUGCCAGGUGCCGGUGUGGGAAAGGAAAUGACCAGUGUCCCACCGAUGGUGCAGGAUGGUGAGAAGCCAGAUGGGGCUGGGGAGGCCGGGUCGGGGCGUGUAGGCCAGGACCCCUCCCAGCAGGCUGGGGGCCAGCGAGAACGAGCCUCAGGUCCUUCCCUGCCCACCACCGUUCUGGAGACUCCCGUGGGAAAAGCUGCGGACUUCCAGGGGGAGCCCCCGAGCCACCGAGACGGGGCCUCAGUUCCAGAAGACAGAAUUCCUCCUGGAAUAUACCCCCAGGACCGUCAACCCAGGGAGGAUGGUGCCUGGGGCUUUGCUCACACAGGGGGUCCGAGUGACAUGUCCACCUCUGUCCUGGGAGCAUCUUCUCCCCACAGGGGGGUUUCAACUGUGGCCGAGGCCGUCUGUGCACCCGGGACUCCCGCCACCCCUGGGGGCGAGCAGAGGCGUGGAGGUGGUGCCCUGGGUGAGCCGGGUGCUCCCGAGCCAGAGGCUGUGGAAGUAGCAGCCAUGCCCCCGGAGCCCGGCUUGGGGGCAGGAGCUGCUGGGGAAGCAGAGGGUGACGUCACUUCAAGCACAGCUGAGACUGGGGCACGUGUGGCUGGGGACCCGCCCGAGACAGGUACAACAAGGAUGUUCUCUGGUGCUGCUCACGGGGACGCAGGCUGCUCUGCUGGGGCCCCAGGCUCGGAGGAUGCCGCCACUCUGCCGGGGGCCAGCCCGGCUGGGCACCUGCUGGCUAAGGAGCAGCCCGGGCCCCAGCCCCCCACUCCUGUUGGGGGCGGGAAGGUGCACGUCUCUUCACCGCCGGAACCUGACAAGGCUCGGGACCCAAGACCCCAAACCCUGGCUCCGGGAGUGCUCCAGGCCGAAAGAAGCAGCCCCGGGCCUGGCCUAUCCACCUUACCUUCCAUUCCCAAGAAGGAAGCUCCAGAUGCCCCAGACGAGGUCAUCUCGGAUGCAGCCAGAAGCAUGGGAGGAGCAGAAAGGUCAGUGAAAAGGGACCCCAAAAAUUCCUACGGCGUGAAGACUCUCACUCAUGGAGGCAACUACUGA